UACAUCACCUUAGUAAAUUUCUAAUCUUUAAUUAUAUAUUAUAGGUAUCAUGGUUGCUUUCUGACCCCAAAAAAAAAAAAAAAAACAAAACAAAACAAAUAGUGAUCAUCUUUUCCUAUAUUUGCAUGGCCCAUUUCUCCAGCCGAAGGCAACAACGGCCGGCCUUCUUGUAAUACACAAUUGUCUUUGCUCAGAUUCCUAGCUAGCUAGCACUUCCUAAUUCUUCUCACUUCUAUUACUAUCUAAGCCUAAACUUAUCCAACAAACUUUAUUGCUGAGAGGGAAAGACAUUAGUUAGCUAUGGAGGACGAUGCUAAGAAGUUGGAAGAAGGUCUUCAUAAGAAGGAUGAUGAGCUGAUCAAGGAGAUAGUAACGACGAGUAGUGGUCGGAAUGGUGGCAGUGAUGUCGUUGCCCAUGAUCAUGAGGAUGAGGAGAGGAAGAAAGUGGAGGCGGUGGCUCCUCUGCAAGCGAAGGAAAUCAAGGGAGAGGAGCAACCAGUUUCAGUGGUUAAGCAGAAGACCAAGAGGGUUGCUACUUUGGAUGCAUUUAGAGGCCUUACCAUAGUGGUGAUGAUAUUGGUAGAUGAUGCCGGAGGAGCAUAUGCACGUAUUGAUCACUCACCGUGGAACGGAUGCACAUUGGCCGAUUUUGUGAUGCCCUUCUUCCUCUUCAUUGUGGGGGUCGCCAUAGCUCUUGCUCUCAAGAAAAUUCCUAAGAUAAGUGAUGCAAUCAAGAAGAUUAUUUUAAGGACAUUGAAGCUUAUGUUUUGGGGAAUUAUUUUGCAAGGAGGAUACUCCCAUGCGCCCUAUGAUCUUUCUUAUGGUGUUGACAUGAAACAAAUCCGAUGGUUCGGAAUCCUCCAGAGAAUAGCAUUGGUUUACUUUGUUGUUGCUCUGAUAGAGACAGUCACCACCAAGCACAGACCAACUGUCCUUGGCCCUGGACACAUCUCUAUCUUCACUGCAUAUAAAUGGCAGUGGAUUGGAGGAUUAGUCGCGUUCCUUGUCUACAUGAUCACAACAUUUUCAUUAUACGUUCCAGAUUGGAGUUUUGUUGUAGACGAAAAACAUGUAUCAAAAGAAUUCUUGGUUAAGUGUGGGAUGAGAGGACAUCUAGGACCUGCAUGCAAUGCCGUUGGAUAUGUGGAUCGACAGGUCUGGGGCAUAAACCAUCUCUACACACAACCCGUCUGGAGACGCUUGAAGGCCUGCACACUUAGCUCUCCAAGUGAUGGUCCUCUUCGAAGGGAUGCUCCAGAUUGGUGCAGAGGGCCAUUUGAACCCGAAGGCUUGUUGAGUUCGAUUUCAGCUCUCCUUAGUGGCGUCAUUGGCAUCCAUUAUGGCCACGUUUUGAUCCAUUUCAAGGGUCAUGCGGAGAGGCUCAAACAAUGGGUCUCAAUGGCUGUUGUCUUGGUCAUCAUAGCCAUUAUUCUACAUUUUACGGACGCUAUUCCUAUCAACAAGCAACUCUACAGCUUCAGCUAUGUUUGUUUCACCGGCGGUGCAGCUGGACUAAUUUUUUCUGCAUUUUACUUGGUGAUCGAUGUUUGGCACUGCCGGAAGCCAUUUUUGCUCCUAGAGUGGAUAGGAAUGAAUGCAAUGCUGGUGUUUGUGAUGGCAGCUCAGGGCAUCUUUGCAGCAUUUGUAAACGGAUGGUAUUACGAGUCCAAAGACAACAACUUAGUGAAUUGGAUCCAGAACCAUGUUUUCAUCGAUGUAUGGCACUCGGAGAGGCUGGGAACCCUCUUAUAUGUGAUAUUUGCAGAGAUCUUGUUCUGGGGAGUAGUUGCUGGCAUCCUGCACAAACUGAAGAUAUACUGGAAGCUCUAGAAGCAAAAUUUGUUGUCACAUUCGGGAACUGAUUUCCACUCACCUCCUUUAUUUUGUUCGUUGAUUCUCCAGAGAGGUGUGCGGAAACCUUACCCUUCACGGGUUCUUUUCGGCAUGGUGUAUUUUUUUUUUUUUUCUAGUGAAUAGAUUAUUCAUGUUUUCUUAUUUUGUUUGCUUAUUAUGCAAACAGUAGUAGUAUGUGUACAAAAUUCCCCCAAAAAAGUAUGUGAAUUAUCAGUUAGUAUUGCAAAUCUUUAUAGAAAAUUAAAGUGUCCAGCAGUGCUCA